UAAAGUGCGAAUAUUAAAUGAGUGGACAGAUUGCUAUCAAGCCCCAAUAGUUACAAGAAAGAAAGGGGAACAGUAGAGAGAGAGAGAGAGAGGUGAUUCCGUGCCCCAAAAACCUUUAUCUUCCUCCGUCCAUCACUCAGUUGGGUGACCUCUUGGCUCUUCCUCGAUUUGAUCGUUCCUCUUUCUCUCUCUACGAAAUAUAUUUUUCUCUCUCUCUCUCAUUCUUUGCCAGUAAUGGCAGUGCAUCAGUGGCAGUGCAAGAAAAGGGGGGAGAGUUUUCAUUGGGAAGGUAAAGCUUUGCACCUCUGCCUCAAAACAAUUACAUGAGCCACCGCCCCUUCUUCUAUAAGCCAUCUUCCCUCUUUCUGACUAUACAGCGUGCGCUCUCUGUGCAUGUGAAUUCCUCUGUCUCACUCCACUCAUAGAAGCUACUUAGAUAGAGAGAGAGAGAGAAAGUUAAUGCUGUUAACGAGAGCAGAAAGAUAACACCCAUUUUCCAAAGGAAAUCUAAGCAGGCUUUGCCAGACCACCACUACCACUUUCAUUAUUUAGGAUUUCCUGUAAAAAGCCUGAAACUUGUAGCAUAAAACCCGGGAGAGCCCUGGGGACAACAACCUUCUUUAGAGAAAAAAAAAAACAUUGCGUAGGAGAGAGAAGAAAGAAAGAGAGAGAUAAUGGAGAGUGGCUCUAAUGGCACUUCUUGUAUGAUGGCUUUUGGAGAAAACAGUUAUGGCUUAUGUCCAAUGAUGAUGAUGAUGCCUCUAAUGACUUCUCAUCAUGCUCAUCAUCAUCCUAAUGCAGCAGACACCAACAAUACUCUAUUCCUCCCUUUACCUCCCACCAACAAUCAAAAUCGCGAAACUAACUCCUCCUCUUUCAUUCUUCAUGACCACAACAAUACUACCAACACCGCCUCUUAUAUCAUGGACACCAACAACAACAACGACGGCAGCACUUCUGCUGUGAAGGCUAAGAUCAUGGCUCAUCCUCACUAUCACCGACUCUUGGCCGCCUAUGUCAAUUGUCAAAAGGUUGGGGCACCGCCUGAAGUGGUGGCAAGGCUAGAGGAAGUCUGUGUAUCAGCGGCGGCAACGGGCCAGACAGGGACCGGCUGCAUCGGUGAAGAUCCGGCGCUGGAUCAGUUCAUGGAGGCCUACUGUGAGAUGCUGACCAAGUACGAGCAAGAGCUUUCGAAACCCUUCAAGGAAGCCAUGCUUUUCCUCCAAAGAAUCGAGUGCCAAUUCAAAGCCCUCACAAUUUCUUCCUCAGAUUCUGCUUUUGGCGAGGGUGUGGAUAGGAAUGGAUCGUCUGAAGAAGAGGUUGAUUUGAAUAAUAACUUCAUUGAUCCGCAGGCCGAGGACCGGGAGCUGAAAGGUCAACUUUUGCGUAAAUACAGUGGAUAUUUAGGCAGUCUGAAACAGGAGUUCAUGAAGAAGAGGAAAAAAGGGAAACUGCCUAAAGAAGCCAGGCAGCAGUUGCUGGAUUGGUGGAGCAGGCAUUACAAAUGGCCUUACCCAUCGGAGUCACAAAAGCUGGCUCUUGCAGAAUCUACAGGGCUGGAUCAGAAGCAAAUAAACAACUGGUUCAUUAAUCAAAGAAAACGGCACUGGAAGCCUUCGGAAGACAUGCAGUUUGUGGUGAUGGAUGCUACCAAUCCCCACUAUUACAUGGACAAUGUCUUGGGCAAUCCCUUUCCCAUGGAUAUUUCGCCCACGCUGCUCUGAAGAUUAUAAUUUAUGCACAAUAUAUAUAUAUAUAUUAUGGAAUGUUGUUGCAGCUCUAAACUAUAUAUCCUCUGACAGAUCGGUUUAUAUCAUGUUGUCAUAUUAACUUAUGUAGAGUCUAUUUAAAUUAGUUCUCUUGCUGCUUUUCACAUUUGGGUGGGACUAAGCUAACAGUAUAUACGGCAUUACUAGGUUUGAACUAAUUAUUCUAAGUUAAAAGUUUGUUGCACUU